AUGAAUAAUAGGAUUCGGUAAAACAACUUUACUCAAAAAAAUUAGUAAUAAAAAUCUAGAAACAAAUCUGGGAGGACUCAAGAUACUAAAGAACCAAAUAUCAGUCACAGUGCUUAUGGGAAAGGAUUUCUAUUGUUAGAUGCACCUGGAUUUUGUUGUGAUUGUAAAUAACUAAAUAAUUGCAUUGGAGUAUUAAAAUCUAUAACAGAUGAACCUAUAAACUAACUGCUUGUUGUAGUUAAUUUUCAUUAAUACACUAAAAAGGAAUUGAAAAGGAUUAUAAAUAUUUUCAAAAGAUAUAAGGAUAUUAUUACAGUAGUUGUUACUUAUUUUCAUCAUUCUGAUGAUUAACAUUAAACUAGAGAAAAAAUUAUUGUAAAGUAAAUAGAAGUCGAAUCAGUGAUAUUUAAUUAUAAAAAUACAUCAGGAGAAGAGCUUUGCAAUUAGAUCUAUAGAAUAAAUUCUAAUUCAAAAUAAGGAAGGAUAUUUGAGUUAAAAUAAACAGAACUAUUUCGUAAUUUUACUCUGUUUAAUUAAAUGAUGACAUAUUUGAAAAAUUCGAUAAAUGCAAAAUAUUAACUUAUGGUUUAGAUUUAAGACAUCUGGAGAAAAGUUCAAAAAGUAAUUGAAGAUUUUCCAAUUACUCAUUCGAAAAUUUCAGAGUUAGCACAUUUAAUAAUAUUAUAUAUCAAAGAUAAAGUUUUUUUAUUUAAAGAAAAGAGGAUCGACUUAUUUGAAGAAAUAUAGAUAAAACCCUGUAAAAAUUAAAAAUUAAUAUCUUUAUUAUUACUACAUACAAGUUCUCAAUAUAAAGAAUUAUAAAUUUAAGCAGAUAUUGAGAUUAAGAAUUGUUUAUCUUUACAAAUUUAGUGUACCAUUUAUUAUGUAUUAUAGAAAAUGUAAUAAGGUGGGUUUUCAGAUAUUAAUUUUAUUAAAUAAUGUCCUUAUUGUGGAGAAAUUUGGAUAUAGCCAAAUAAAUUUGAGGGUUUAAUAUUUUGUGGAUCAUCAAAACCUAAAGAAAUUUAUCUUCAAAAAAUAUUUUAAAUAAAAAUGUUAGGCUGCGGGAAGUAAUUGUGA